CCCCCCCUUUCCAUCUCUUCGUAAUGAAGCGAGGCAGCAGCUAAUCCCGCAAGAUAAGAAAUCGUCGGGAUAGAGCGACUCGCAUCCAUCAGGGCUCAUGGAGAAUACCAGCGCCAGGCACGUCUAUGCAGCUACUGGACACCUUCAGCAAUCAACGGUUGACUCAGCUAUCAAGAACCAGUUCAGCCGUCAAGAGCUAAUGGUGAAGUUGACAGAAGGGCAGUACGUCUUGUGCCGUUGGACCGACGGGCUCUAUUACCUUGGGAAGAUUAAGAGGGUGAGCGGCUCUAAGCAGAGUUGCCUGGUGACUUUUGAAGACAACUCCAAGUAUUGGGUGCUUUGGAAAGACAUCCAACAUGCCGGAGUGCCAGGAGAAGAACCAAAGUGCACCAUCUGCCUGGGGACGACCACGGCGCCCCUGAAUGAGAUCUUGAUAUGCGGGAAGUGUGGCUUGGGGUAUCACCAGCAGUGUCACAUCCCGGUGGUGAGCAGUUGCGAGAGUUCCAUGGUGACUCCUUGGUUCUGUCGGAGAUGUAUCUUUGCCUUGGCUGUGCGGAAAGGUGGGGCCCUAAGAAAAGGUGCCAUCGCAAGGACGCUACAGAUGGUCAAGAUGGUGCUGUCCUAUAACCCGGAGCAACUGGAAUGGGACUCCCCCCACAGAACCAACCAGCAGCAGUGUUACUGCUACUGUGGCGGCCCUGGCGAAUGGUACCUGAAGAUGCUGCAAUGCUACCAUUGCCGACAGUGGUUCCACGAGGCCUGCACUCAAUGCCUCAGUGAUCCGAUGCUGUUUGGAGAUCGAUUUUAUGUUUUCUAUUGCUCGGUGUGUAACCAGGGCCCAGAGUACAUCAAGCGUUUGCCCUUGAGAUGGGUCGACGUUGUCCAUCUUGUGCUCUACAACUUGGGUGUUCAGAGUAAGAAGAAAUACUUUGACUUUGAGGAAAUCUUAGCCUUUGUCAAUCACCACUGGGACCCUUUGCAGCUUGGGAAGUUGACUGCUACCCCUGUGGCGGAGCGAGGUCCUCAUCUCCUGGAUGCUUUAAACAGCUACAAAAGCAGGUUUCUUUGCGGGAAGGAAAUCAAGAAGAAGAAAUGCAUUUUUCGCUUGCGGAUUCGGGUCCCGCCCAAUCCGCCGAGCAAACUCCUGCCUGAGAAGAUCCCAGGACUGGUCGACGGCAAAGCUUCUGAGGCGAAGAAAAGAGGGAGGCUCAAGUAUUCCCAUAAAAGCAGUUCGCUGCCACAUGAGCUCCAGCAAGAGAGGAGGAGGAAAAGAUCAAAAUUUCUCCUGGAGGAUGCGAUUCCCAGUAGUGAUUUCGCCUCUGCUUGGAGCACUAACCACCACUUGGCCAGCAUCUUUGAUUUCACCUUGGACGAAAUCCAGAGUCUGAAGAGUGGAAGUUCGAGCCACACUUUCCUUUCCGACGUGGAUUCCACAGAUGCUGUCAGCACUUCGGGCUCUGCCACAACCAGCUUGUCCUAUGAAUCAAGCAGGCGGAACGUGGGCAGCCGGAAGCGCAAACUGUCCGCUAAAACUUACACGGCGGUCGAGGCCAAGCAGAAAUGCUCCGAGCACCCCCAGGGGAUCGUGCCUGGCUGCUCCUCAGAAGACAGCGAGGCGGCCUGCGGGCUGGAUCGCCCAGACCACGCCAUCGACUGCCAUCCUUUUGAGAGCAUGAGCGAAGACGACCCGUCGCUCUCCCACCUCAAGCUGUCCAUCAGCAACUAUUUCGGCGCUGCCGGCAGAUUGGUGUGCGGGGAAAAGUACCAAGUCCUGGCUCGGAGGGUGACCCCGGAGGGCAAAGUCGAGUACCUGGUCGAAUGGGAGGGUACCACACCUUACUGAUGCUGCGUGAUGGUCUGGGACGUCGGGCCCUAAGAAAGGAAACGGGGGGGAGAGAAUGGCCUCCAGAGAUUCAUUUGAUCGGACUGGGAGGCUGGAUUGGGCCAUGGCUUUCUUGGAGAGUCUUCUUAACGCUUAUUCCAGGUGGCACCGCCGUGGGUGUUCUCCACACACCGAGGCACUCUCUGUAAGGCGGGGGGGAAACUUUCAUGAGGUAGCAC